UCACUGGAAAGAGGCUUCUUUGUGCACCAAGCCUUUAAAUUGUGAGCAGCCAGUGCCUUGCUAGUUUAACUUUUUCAGCUCACAUUGCUCCAGGAUCUCAGACAGCUCCUCUCACCAUGAAGAGUUUUGCUCUUCUUCUGCUAGUGCUGAUCUGUAGUAUGGGAGGAUUGGGACGGAAGCUGAAGCCAAAGAAAAGAAGCACCGCUGGAGACAUCAGCUUUCGGACUAAAACCAAAGAUGCUUGCAGAAUGAGCGUGAGUGGGGACGAGGAGCUGAAACUUCGGAUAGAUUGCAAAAGCCAAGGCGUGUCCUACUGGUGUGAAUUCACUGGCAAGCCCUCUGUCUGUCGUGCAUUCAGAAACAAUCCCAAGAUUUACUGGAACCAGGUCACCGCAGAGCUUAGGAAGCUCCCACAUGCUUGUGAAUCUUCACAAGUGUUGAAGACCACCAUGUGCCAAAAGGCUCCUCCAGAGGCUCUCAUGAAGCAAAUAGCUGCUGGGAUGGAGCCAGAUGUAGCAAACCAGGACCAAGCCCAGAAAAGUUCCACUUCUGUGAGGGGCGCAGGAAAAAGCCCUGCUAAGAAAACAGGGAAACCUCCAGUACUGCCAACCCAGCGUGGCCAAGGGUCUGAAAAUGAAACGGAAGCAAUGAAACUGGCACAGGAGCAUUGCUGGGAAUCCCUGCAUGGCAUCUGCUCCUACAUUAUUGGCAUCUUUAGGGGUUAAGGAUUUGUUUCAGGUAAAACUCUGCCUUGAAGCACAGCAGAAUAUGCCCAAAGUAAUCCCCUUGUAGUUUUAUUUUGCUCUUUGGGGGCAAAGUCUUUCAGGGGAGUAGACAGGGUGGGUCUAGGCUUACUCACUAAAAUGGCAAAGCCUGUACUGUGACUUCUAUGGGGCUGAACAUUCUAAGCUUCCCCAGCAAUGGCUACUAGCUCAGGACUACCUGACUGCCUCCUGUAAGGUCCUUAGGAUGUGCUGAGAUGUUUGUGCUGUCUGUUGCUAAUACAUAAUUUCAGUUCUAACUUUGAGUUGUGCUUGUGCUCUACCUUCUGUCAUUCCUUCCUUUGAUGCUGGCUUUUGGAUUUAAGCCUGUGAAGCGGGCUAAAGCAACAAGAGCAUCAACUAGAACAAUGUAGAAACUGGGAGGAUAAAGUUUGAUGUUUGCCCAAACUGCUAAUUAAUAAAAUUAUUUUUGCUUUAAAAAUCAGUUUCUAAAGAACUUUAAGAAAUUUAAUCCAGCCAGACUGUCUUGGUUUGCUGGUCUGUUUCUUUAGAGGCAAUAGGGGAUCCUGUGCCGGCCCUUGUCUGGAAUGUCUUAUGUUUUCAGCCAGGACUGAAAAACACAAAGCCCUCGCCAGAGUCACUGGGUUUAUGCCCACUUCAUUUAGGCUCAGAGAAAACCAGAAGCUGGCAACUAAACCUGGCAAACUGUUGACAAAAAUGAGAACAGAUGCAGCAUGAACCAGCAAGUUGCUUAAAGUGUUUAGACUGCUAAUCAUCUUCAUUGUGCUUAAUGGAGCAAAGUCACUAAUUGUUUUUCUGUUCUUUCUGUUUUGCAGAGCAAAAGUUUUACAGCUGAAGAAAGGUCCUUGCUGUAGUUCAAUGAUUUAGACGUAUGAAUUGUGGGUUCAAAAUGAGUCAUCUCUGUAAAUCCUGUAGCUGUUUUCUCUUUGCACCCUACAAUGUUACUUUUUAACAACCCUGAAAAAUUCAUGAAA